UCUACAAUCGUUACAUGUGGUUUCAGUUAUCGAACGACUUCAUACGAGCAUAUACGAACAAAAGUACCUGGCUAUUUUAAAUUGAACGGAAAUAUUUAAAAAAAAUACUUUCCUAUAAGUUUACUCAGUAUUUAUUGCAUUCCUGACAGUUUUUAAUAUUGAUAAAUGGAGUGGUCGUUGAUUUGGAUAGCUUCAAUUGUCAUAAAGGCAUUGAAAUUGAUUCUCAAUCUAGCCAUUCUUAUAAUUUAUCGUAUCGGAGCUGGUGGCUAUUUUCUUGGCGUUGGUGGCACCUGGAAUUUAUGGGAGGAAAAAAGUGCCGGCUGUGAGAUCUUCGCCUCUGGGGUUUUCUUUGGAUUCAUUGUCUACACAGGCGUACACACAAUUGCAUACUUUUUUGGUCCCAACAAGUACAGGCACGAGCUCACCGACACCAUGAUGAAUGUGGUGGGCACCUUCUUGUGGGUACUUGUGGGUGGCAUCGCCCUCCACUAUUGGGUUGGCUAUAUGGAUACCAGCGACUACUCAUAUUUAGGCAUUCAACAUGUGCCUGUGAAUGCGAGUAGUGAAAAACUCGUUGGCAUUAUAAUGGGCUCUCUAUGCAUACUCGAGGGUGCUUUGUAUUUGGUGGAUACCGUUAUGAGUUGCCUACACUACUCGAAAGGCGACACCGAGUAUACUGGAGUGGCGCGUUAAGGCGAAAGUGAAAUGCGCCGCAAAGUGACAACAUAAUGAAAAAUAUGUCCACUCACAUGUUUGACAAAUUAUAAACAAAUAAAUAUACAUACAGAUAAAUCUACAAUAUAUUACAAAAUAUCUAUUUACAUUUAACUACCAUCCAUCCCUUAAAAAAAUGCUUAAGGUAGUUUUAAAGUUUUCGAAUCGGUAUGACGAAUUACCAUCAUUAUUUAUGUUUACGUACAAAUAUGCACAUAUAUAUAAAACAAAUAUUCAUAUUAUGUAUUUAUAUGAAAGAGUGCUUAAAUAUACAUACAUACAAAAGUUCUUGUGUGUCUUACAUUUAAGAUCUUUAAUUUCCGUAAUUCAUAUAAUUCUACUAUGCAUUAUUAUUUUAAUAAAUUCAAUGCCAAAACUUA